AACUCAUCAGGUAAUGAAAAUGCUAUUGGAAAGGAACAAUCACCUUGUGACACAAGCGGACCGAUCCACAGGAAGCACGCCCCUUCACUUGGCCGCCACAUGGCGGGGACCGAUGGGAUUGCUACUCAAGGCUGGCCCAGCUGCAGCGUAUAUGCCAGACAAUAAUGGGUCAUUUCCCAUACAUUUAGCUGCGUUCGAGGGUGAAGAGAAUGCAGUCUUGGCCUUCCUACAAGAGAGCGGCCCUUACUGCGCCGAGCUACGCGACGGCAAAGGCAGGACAUUCCUCCAUGUCGCGGCUGAAGAGGAGAAGAGCAUCCGCGUCAUCAAGUUGGCUUGCGGAUGGCAGGGCAAGUCGUUUUCAUCGUCGGUCAUGAACAUGCAAGACAACGACGGGAACACUGCGCUGCACCUCGCUGCUCUGGCAGGGAAUAUAGGGGCAGUCUGUGAUCUGGUGUCAAUACCAGAGGUCAAGCUAGAUGUAAGCAACAACAAGAGAGAAACACCACUAGAGACUGCGUACAUGACUAAAACCCUUGGGGCACACAGCGCAGGGUCGGCCUUCUACGGGGACCCACGGAAAAGGAUAUAUCUCUUGUUGCAAGGAACUUGCUAUAGGACUGGUGUCUCCGCAGGGAUCAGACCCUGGGGGAGAGAACGGAGAGAAUUCAUCAAGUCUGCUUUAGACAAAAUGAACAGAUCGGAGAACAUCGCCAGCGAAACGCAGAUCAUCGGUCUUGUCGCUGUGCUGAUCACGACGGUGACAUUCGCCGCAGCCUUUGCCGUGCCUGGUGGCUACCGAGCAGAUGACGACAACAAGGGCGGCACGCCGAUGCUUGCGGGGCACUACUCCUUCCAUGCCUUCGUCAUUGCCAACACACUAGCAUUCACCUGCUCCGUCGUAUCCAUCCUCUUUCUCAUGUAUGCAGGGGUAGGCCCGAACGUGAACGACCGCAUGUGGCCCUUACUCAUGUCCACAAACCUUUUGGCUAGUUCGGCUAGGAGCCUCUGCGCCGCCUUCGCCGUCGGGGUGUACUCCAUCCUAGCUCCGGUCGAGCCAAUCAAGGCCAUGUUUUCUUGCAUCAUCACCGUGUUCCCGCUCGUGCUGGUGGAACUCUUUUUAUACAUCAAGUCGGCGUCAAUGGAUUACAGCGACAGCAGAGCGGAGUUGGCAAGGAAGUUUGCAGGUCAGGCACUCUGGAUGGAGAUGGCACGGGCGAUCCUAGCGCACCUACUCAUUGGGAUAGUGAUGUUCGAGUACUGGCCAUACAUUUUCAUCGCGGCCAUGUCUUGCUAAUAUUUCAGUUGUAUUAUCUCACUAAUCAUCCCAAAUUGGC